UAAUCUCGUAGCUCCGAAGCGCCGCCAUGGCCGAAGAAUUUGAUGGAAAAAUCGAAAGCAAAGGGCUAAACCCGGGACUGAUUGUCCUUCUUGUAAUUGGAGGGUUGCUAGUGACAUUCCUUGUAGGAAACUUCAUCCUUUACACAUACGCACAGAAGAAUUUACCUCCGAGGAAGAAGAAACCGCUUUCUAAGAAGAAGAUGAAGAAAGAGAAGAUGAAGCAAGGCGUCCAAGUUCCUGGCGAGUAGCUUUUGCUAUAUGUAGUCGGGAUUAUCCUUUGAUGAUAAUCACUUUGUUGGACUAGAAAUUAUAUGACUCUUUUACUCUUUAGUUUUUAAUGUUUUCGAUGUAGCAUGAUAUUUUCUUGAGUUGACAAUCUAUAAGCUUUGCUGAGAUAAUUUCAUGCCUCAUGUUCAAAAUGUCUCUAAAUUUCAUAAAUCUGUUACCCUUAU